GUGGUCUUAUGUCGUAGUGUCGUUGUGUUUUCUAUCGCAUAUGUAAAUUGACGCUAUGAAAUGGUUUCGACGAGUGACACAUGAUAGCUAUAGUAUUAGAUAUAUCUUCUAUAUUAUAAGGAUGGGAUAUUCAUAAUGCCACCGGCGGAAUUGUUUUCCACAGCACUCUUCAUUUUUAUGAAUUUUUACCGGCUUUUUUGCGGCGAAUGCCGAACUGAACCGACGGGCACCCGACGACACAGUGGAGAAGCCUGUAUACAAGGGACGCUCGACAAAUUCUAUCUAAAGCCCUACGGAGGGACAUUAAGCGGAAAGAAAUAGAUUGUAUUUUGUUUUAUAAGCAUGGUUGGGUUGUAGAUGGGGUUUUUUCGUAUUAUAGGGUCCUG